AUGGGGCCCCCGGGCUAUAGGGGAUCAUGGGGCCCCUGUGUCCUUGCCCAAACUCAAUAAAAAGCCUAUGGAAAAAGGUACCAUGGGCAUCUCAUGGGGCCCCCUACUGGGACCUCGGGCAACUUGGGGCAGUGCCCCAAAUUUUUCCAAAUGAUCAGUCUGCACCUGACUAGGUUGCCUACUGAAUCACAAAAUAAAAAUAAUUUUAUACUAUUUGAUUUUUUUUUGUAAGGUAUUUAAUUUUCUUAACUUUUUUUUUUAUAUUUAAACCUGAAAUAUUGAAUGAUCUUUUAAAUAAAGCCAUUCCAAAUGAAAUAAAAUAAACUCUUUACAAAACAUUGUUAUCACUCCUUUUUU